AUGGUGACUAUGGAAAUUGCAGAAGUGCGUGGACGAGACGUUUCGAAUACAGGAAGACGUUGGCGAGUAGAGAAGAUUGUGGCUGCUACAGGUGAAGCUGAGACUGCUGUAGAACUGCUGAACAUGGUGGCAGCUGCUGGAAAUGUUUCUUGGAGCUCAGUGGCUACUGCAGGCCAAGCCUUCAACCAGAAGAAUAUUAGUAACUUCAAGGAUAAUGGGCGCUGA